AAGACAUGGAUAGUUCUGUUGGCUGUAAUAGCUUUUCUACACCAAUCACAAUCCCAAACCCAACGGACUAGGAUUACUCGGAAUAAAAACCACCAAAAAACAGUUAAAAGUAUUAAGCAAAUGAUGGCCAAUACAGGAGCCAGAUACAUUCCUGCAAAUAGAAGACAAUCACUGGCCAUCGAGACCCUAAGCAACCAUGAUAACUUGGAAUACUUUGGCGAAUUAUCAGUGGGAACACCGCCGCAAGUUUUCAAUGUGAUAUUCGAUACGGGGUCGUCCACUUUGUGGGUCCCAAGUGUCAAAUGUUCGACUUGCAAGCCCCAGCGGAUGUAUAAUUCGAGUGCCUCCAGUUCGUAUGUCCCGGAAGGACAGAACUUCUCCAUUCCCUACGGAAGUGGCAGUCUGAAAGGAUUCUUCUCCAUCGAUACUGUCCGUAUGUCAGGCCUGACGGUCAAGUCCCAGGUAUUUGGUGAGGCCACCUCAGAGACGGAUUCAUUCUCAGGCAUGGGAAUCCUGGGACUGGCCUUCAACGAUCUUAAUUUUGGCAUCAACACACUGUGGGACAACAUGAUCGCCCAGAGGCUGGUCAGGUAUCCAGUGUUCUCCUUUUACCUCCGACGAGAGGGAACCUCUGACUUUGGCGGUGAAGUUAUUUGGGGCGGCAUUGACCAUCGGAUCUAUAGUGGCUACCUCACCUACGUGCCCGUCUCCAUGCCCGAGUACUGGCAGUUCACCGUAAACUCGGUGGAUAUUGGAAGGGAAUACGGGGAUCGUCUCUGCACGGGAUGCCAGGCCAUCGCCGACACGGGCACAAGCUUACUCGUGGUUCCAGAGCCCGCCUACCGGAAGAUUAAUCUUCUGCUGAACGCCACGGAUGAUGACGGCCUGGCCUUCGUGCCCUGCAGGAGUGUGUGUUAUCUACCUGAUGUCUAUCUGGAUAUUGGUGGUACUAUCUUCACUUUGACUCCUAAGGAAUAUAUCAUCAAGGUUAAGAGUAAAGGCCGGACUGUGUGCAUUUCCGGCUUUGAGUAUUUGCAGGGAAAUCUGUACUGGAUUCUGGGUGACAUUUUUAUUGGAAAAUUCUACACGGUGUUCGAUAUGGGCAAUGAGAGGAUAGGCUUUGCAGAGGUUAACGAGAACCCGAGGUUUUUUACUUGAGAUUGUAGAUUGAGUGGGUAUACUUGAAUUAACUCUAUAUAAACUGAAUAAAUAAAGAUGGAUUUACUUUAAAAAU